AUGAGGAGAGAGAAUGAAACAGAACUCACAGAUUUCACCCUCCUGGGCUUCUUCCCAGAGUUUAAACACAUCACAGCCAUGGUUUGCAUCAUCCUCCUGAUCUUCUCAGCUGCCUUUACUGGGAACACUCUUCUGAUCCUUCUCAUUUGGUUGGAUUCUCGACUUCACACUCCCAUGUACAUCCUGCUUAGUCAGCUCUCCUUGAUGGAUUUGACCUUGACCUCUAGCAUCGUCCCCAAGAUGGCAGUCAACUUCUUCUCUGGGUGGCGAAGGAUCUCUUUCCUGGCAUGUGGAACACAGAUUUUCUUCUCUCUGACUGUGGCCAUUGCAGAAUGCAUCCUGAUAACUCUCAUGUGCUUUGAUCGCUAUGUGGCCAUAUGUAAUCCCCUAAGGUACCCAGUCAUCAUCAGUCAUAAAGCGUGCUUCCAGAUGGCUGCUAUGUCAUGGGCUGGUGGGGCACUUACUUCCCUGGGCCAUACUGCUUUCACCUUACAUUUCCACAUCUGCAGUCCUAGGGAGAUCCCCCACUUUUUCUGUGAAGUCAUGGCUGUCCUUAGGAUUGUCUGUGAGGACAUUUCAGCCUAUGAGAAGGCAGUGGUGGUGACAAGUAUCCUAGUUCUGCUGCUGCCCUUAACACUCAUCUUGUCAUCUUAUGUCCUCAUCUUCCUUGCUGUCCUCCGAAUGAACUCUCCAGAAGGCAGGAACAAAGCUCUGGCCACCUGCUCCUCUCACCUGUGUGUGGUGGGUCUCUAUUUUGGUCCAGGUAUGUGCAUUUACAUGAGACCUGGUGCUGCCAAGACUCCAAAGCUGAACCAGGGUCUCUUUCUGUUUGGAACAGUUCUCACUCCUCUCCUGAACCCCCUUGCCUACAGUCUCAGGAACAAGGAAGUUAUAGGUGCACUGAAAAAGUUGAUGAGAAGGUACCCAUCUUCCAGGUGA